AUUUGUAUUAUGACGAAUAACUCACGACUUGAAUCCAAUUACUAUUUGAUUUCAUCAUGGUAAAUUAAGAUUAAACAAAAAGAUAAUGGUCCCUUGUCAUUCAUGCAUUUUUGGGGCUUGUUUAGUGAAAACAAAUUAAGAUAGAGAGUGGAACCAUGGAAGAGAUAAAGAAUCCAUCUGGAACUUCCCUUCUUGUACCAUCAGUUCAAGAGUUGGCUAAGGACAAUAUUUUAACAGUUCCACCAAGAUAUAUUCAGUCUCAACAUCAAGAUUUGGUCAUCACUGAAGCUGAUCAUAGUAUCCUUGAAAUUCCAGUUAUUGAUAUGAACAACUUGCUUUCUUUAGAAUUUGGGAGUUCAGAAUUGGCUAAGCUUCACCUUGCUUGCAAAGACUGGGGAUUCUUCCAACUAGUAAAUCAUGGUGUUAAUUCUUCUUUGGUGGAGAAAGUAAAGUUAGAGAUUCAGGAUCUUUUCAACCUUCCAAUGUCAGAAAAGAAAAAGUUUUGGCAAAGUAGCCAACAUAUGGAAGGAUUUGGACAAGCAUUUGUUGUGAGUGAAGAACAAAAGCUUGAUUGGGCUGAUCUUUUCUUCAUGACCACACUUCCUAAGCAUUUGAGAAUGCCACAGUUAUUUCCACAACUUCCUCUUCAUAUGAGAGAUACUUUUGAGCUUUACUCCAUAGAACUAAAAAAGUUAGCUAUGAUUAUUGUUGAGUAUAUGGGAAAAGCUUUGAAAAUAGAUGAAAAAGAAAUGAGUAUAUUAUUUGAAGAUGGGGUGCAAUCAAUGAGGAUGAACUAUUACCCUCCAUGUCCACAGCCAGAGAAGGUUAUUGGCCUAACACCUCAUUCAGAUGGAUCAGGACUCACAAUUCUCCUUCAACUCAAUGAAGUAGAAGGACUCCAAGUUAGGAAGGAUGGCAUGUGGGUCCCUGUUAAACCCUUGCCUAAUGCCUUCAUUGUAAAUAUUGGAGACAUUCUUGAGAUUAUAACUAACGGGAUAUAUCGAAGUAUUGAGCAUCGAGCAACAGUGAACUCUAAAAAAGAAAGAAUUUCAAUUGCAACAUUCUAUACUUCGAGACAUGAUGGAGAGGUAGGUCCUGCAACAAGCUUGAUCAACGAAGAAACACCAGCAAGGUUCAAAAGAAUUGGAUUAAAAGAAUUCCUGAGGAAUCUAUUUGCUCGUAAACUUGAUGGAAAAUCUAACGUUGAUGCCUUGAGGAUAUAACAUCAUCACUCAUUCAAGUGAUUGAAAUUAUUGGCUUAUUGUACCCUCAAAUGUCAAUGUGUGCAUUGUUACUAAAAUAUAUUAAUAAAAAUAAGCCUUGUUAAAAAUAAGGAGUGUGAUUACAUUCCUCUCAAUGACCAUAAAGUAUGAUUGAAAACAAGAAAUCAUUUGUUCUUGAUAUUGUGUGAAAUCAUUUGUCAUUUGAUAUUGUGUCGGUGGGUAAUCUCAAAUUAAUUAGCUGCCAUUUGUCUGCAACUAAUGUUAUGUAAUUUUUUUUAAAGAAUUACUACUGGUACUGUACUUAAUGUUUACUUUAUUGUACUUAUAUUUACUUUAUACUA